AUGGUACAGAGUGUACAGAUUGUUCAAGUGGUACAGACGCUUUAUACACUACAGACCCUAAAGAUGGUACGGAUGGUACAGACAAUAAAGAAUCUGCAGACCCUACAGACUCUACAGAAGGUAUUGAUGGUACAGUUGGUACAGACGAAAGAUAUUACAGAGGCUUCAGUUGGUACGGAUUGUACAGACGAUACAGAAUAUUCAGACCCUACAGUCUCUACAGAAGGUAUCGAUGGUACAGUUGGUACAGACGGUCGAGAUGGUACCGAGGGCACAGAUGGUACAGUUGGUACGGAUGGUACAGACGCUCUAGAUCCUUUAGACACUACAGACCCUACAGAUGGUACGGAUGGUACAGACGAUACAGAAUCCGCAGACCUACAGACUCUACAGAAGGGAUCGAUGGUACAGUUGGUACAGCGUAAAGAUGCUACAGUCGCUUUAGGCAGAGCAGACCUUCAAAAUGGUACCGACGGAACAGAUGGUACGAGUCGUGUGGGUGGUACGGGUGAGCGAGUCUGCCGAAGGGUGGUACUCGCGCCUCGUUGCCACGGGCCUAGAGUGCCAGAUCAGCCCAGUCCGGAUGGGCGGAGGGAGGAGAAUGUUUCCGUCGGCCAGAUGCAGCCAUCGUCGUGCCGGACGACUGUAGCGACUGGGAGAAGCGGCGAGAGACGACAAUGCAACAAUCACAGCAUAGACGAGCUGGUGCAGAAGAGGAGAAGGCAGCAAAAGGCAAACCGUCGCCUCCAUUCCCGGCAAAGAGGGUCGAAAUGUGAUUCAUGGGAGUGGGAGUGCAAUGGGCCAAUCAGAGACGCCCGUCUCGUCCCGCCAAUCAGCGCGUCGGAGACCGACAGACCAAUUGAAUGCCUCAAAGGGGAAACCUCUUGUUGGCAGUUGGAAUUUGGCGCAGUCUUUGAAUCAGUACGUCUGGCAGACCUGUCUGCUGGGCAAAGCCGGUCUCAGCCCCGGUUCUGCUGGCCGUAG